GGCAUUGCGGAAGUACUAAGAAAUGCUCUUCCUGCAUAGAUUUUUGAAAAACUCAAAUUAAUCUAGUUGCUUGAAUUGGCCUCUCAUGAGAAAUUUCAUCAUAUCUAUCCCAACAAGUAAUAAGAGAAAAUUAUUUUUCAAAGUCAUAAAGGCGCCUCCUCACUAGUAUAAAUAAGACACCGUCUUGUAUCUCAAUCUUCAUAAUCAUAAGCAAACACCACAAAUGAAUUCUCCAAUCCCUUCAAUGUUUCCAUUACUAAUUCUUCUGCUAUUCUCCUCAUUUUCUCAAGAAACUUCAGCUCAAACCCAUGAAGAUUUUCUUCAAUGCAUUACCCUCUACUCCCCUGCCUCCACAUCAAAACUCAUUUACACCCCAAUCAACCCUUCAUAUUCAUCAGUCUUGAACAUCUCUGUACAAAACCUUAGGUUCUCCACACCUACCACUCCUCAACCAUUAGUCAUUGUCACAGCAUUGAGUGUCUCUCAUAUCCAAACAACUGUAGUUUGUGCCAAAAAAUAUGGCAUGCAGAUCAGAAUCAGAAGUGGUGGUCAUGACUAUGAGGGUUUAUCUUAUGUUUCCGAUGUACCAUUUGUCAUCCUCGACCUCAUUAACAUGCGAUCGAUCGAAAUUGAUGAAGAAUCUAGCACUGCUUGGGUUCAGGCUGGUGCAACCAAUGGAGAACUUUAUUAUAGAAUUGCUGAGAAGAGUAGAACACUUGGCUUCCCCGCCGGUGUUUGCACAAGUUUGGGUUCUGGUGGGCACUUCAGCGGAGGAGGAUAUGGAGCAUUGAUGCGCAAAUAUGGUCUUGCAGCAGAUCAAGUAAUUGACGCAGAAUUGAUCGACGUUAAAGGGAGACUUCUUGACAGAAAAUCAAUGGGAGAAGACUUGUUUUGGGCUAUUAGAGGAGGUGGAGGUGCUAGCUUCGGAGUCAUUGUUGCUUGGAAAGUGAAAUUGGUACCAGUUCCAUCUACUGUGACCGUAUUCUCAGUCACGAGGACCCUGGAACAAAACGCAACCAAUCUUGUCUAUAAUUGGCAAUCCGUGGCGCCUAACCUUCCUGAAGAUAUAUACCUUCGGCUCAUCAUAGGCAGAGUGAACUCCACUGAAGAAGGGAAGAUGACAAUCCAAGCUACCUUCAACGCCUUGUUUCUUGGCACAAAUAAUAGUCUCCUUCAAUUGAUGCAAGAGCGCUUCCCUGAGUUGAAUGUGACUAUACAAGAUUGCACUGAAAUGAGCUGGAUUGAGUCUGUCCUCUUCUUUGCCGGAUUUCCAAUUAAACCCACGGAACUAUUGCUUAAUCGGAGACCAUUUGAAGCACGGUUCAAAGCGAAAUCAGACUAUGUGAAGGAACCAAUUCCUGUAUUUGCAUUGGAAGGAUUGUGGGAAAGACUUUUCGAGGAAGAAGCAGCAGGGGGCGUACUACUACUUGCUCCUUACGGAGGCAGAAUGAGCGAGAUUCCUGAAUCAAGCACUCCUUUCCCGCACAGAGCUGGGAAUUUGUACAAAAUUCAACCCUAUGUGAGAUGGGAAGAAGAAGGACCUGAGGCAUCACAAAAGUACAUAAAUUGGAUCAGAAGACUUUACAGUUACAUGACCCCUUACGUUUCAAAACAUCCACGAGAAGCAUACGUCAAUUAUAGAGAUCUCGACAUUGGCACAAACAAAAGAGGCAAUCAUACAAGCUACAAACAAGCAAGAAUUUGGGGUGCCAAAUAUUUCAAGAACAACUUUGACAGAUUGGUGAAAGUCAAGACCAAGGUCGAUCCUUCUAAUUUCUUCAGGAAUGAACAAAGCAUACCACCUGUAGCAUAAUGUUGCUACAAGUCAUUACAUAACAACCGUGGAACGUAAUAAUGAGCGUUGAGUGAUCAUCUCUCUGUCGUCGUAGAUAAAGGUCUUCUUCGACCCAUUUUCUUUAAGCUUCUGAAAACUGUAAUACUCUUUCUUUCAAUGAAAUCAAUUAUUCUCCCCUGAA